CACAGUUGCUCUACAGAUAUUACCAGGUAGCCAGACAGUUUUACACAUCGACUGAGAUGUGAUAAAUUGAUCAGAAGUGGUACCGGGCUGCCCUCGGAGGUUCUGCUCCACCUGCCCCAGAAAAGCGGGCACGCCUACAGGGGCAGAUACGCUGCCAGCCGGGGGAUGUGGUGUCGGGCUGGGAUCCAAUGGCAGUGUGUCAGGCACAAACAGGUCACACUUAUUUUCAAAACGUAUUAGUGGAAUGGCCUGAAGCUGUGUCAGGGGAGGUUUAGGCAGGAUAUCAGGAAAAGGUUCUUCACCCAGAGGUGGCUGGGCACCGGAACAGGCUCCCUAGGGAAGUGGUCACAGCACCACGGCUGACAGAGUUCCAGGAAAGUCCGGACAUCGCUCUCGGGCAGAUGGGGUGCUCUUAGGCAUGGUCCUUUGCAGGGCCGGGAGCUGGACUCGAUCACCCUUGGGUUUUUACCUUGGUGAAGGUAUAUUGGACAACUGUUGACUUGGAAGCUGUUUUUAGGAUGUCUGAAGAUGAGGAAAAAGUUAAACUCCGCCGAAUCGAGCCUGCAAUUCAGAAAUUCAUUAAAGUGGCAAUUCCAACAGAUUUGGAAAGGUUAAGAAAACAUCAAAUAAAUAUUGAGAAGUAUCAGAGAUGCAGGCUCUGGGACAGAUUGCACGAAGAGCACAUCAAUGCAGGACGAACGGUUCAGCAGCUCCGUGCCAAUAUGAGAGAGAUGGAGAAGCUCUGUUUGCGAGUCCGGCAGGAAGACAUCCCCGUUCUGCAGAGAAUGAUAAAUCCCAUUAAAGAGGAAGCUUCAAUUGCCAUUAAGGACUUCCUGCAGCUGCAUUCUGAAUCUGCAGAAGAACUUAAAAGGCAACUCAAAGGACAAGAGGAUGCCUCUUUAACCAGAUCUGCAACUCUAGGACAAGAAACUUUAUAUAACACAGAAGUGAAGGAUGGCUCCCAAAGUUUGAUCCAAAUCUACUCCCGCCUUCCGGAAAUACCUCAGGAAGAAAAUGCAGCUGAGUCCUGGGAAAGUUUAGAAGGGGACUUGGUUGAGCUCAGCCAGUUGGUGACUGAGUUUUCUCUCUUAGUCUGUUCCCAGCAGGAGAAGAUUGACAGGAUUGAAGACCAUGUCAACAGUGCUGCUGCGAAUGUUGAAGAGGGAACCAAAAACUUGGGGAAGGCUGCAAAAUACAAGCUGGCAGCUCUGCCUGUGGCAGGUGCAGUCAUUGGUGGAGUGGUGGGGGGUCCUAUUGGUCUCCUUGCAGGCUUCAAAGUAGCAGGAAUUGCAGCUGCACUUGGUGGUGGGAUUUUGGGCUUCACAGGUGGAAAAUUGAUACAAAGAAAAAAACAAAAAAUGAUAGAGCAGGUCUCUUCCAGCUGUCCAGAGCUUUCUCACCAAAGUGCCAAGAAAUCCAGCUGACGUAUAGAUUCAUUAUGGCCAGGAAUAACAGUGUAGUAGCUGAGCUAAUGACAGACUUGCAGCCUUAUGCUUUAUAUACAAGGCUGAAUUGUGUGAAUUUUGAUGACAGUUUUGUUCCUUGGGAGGGCUGAAAGAGUCGUGUCAGAAUUUCUCUCUUCAGACACAGUGACAUCAGUCCUUUGAAAAUUAUAUGGAUAACUUUAAAUUAUAUAAUUCUUAGGUAAGCUAUAUUGACAGCUGUAAUAAUGGGUGACAGGUGCUUCAUGCCAAAUUUGCACAAAGUGUCUUGCAGACAAUGCAAAGAGAUAUUUGGAAAAUCCUAGUGCUUUCCCAUGAAUGCCAUGAGAAGCUGGAGCUUUUAUUGUAGCGCUCCAAAGAAAAGGAAAUAAAUGCCAUCAUUCUUUCACACUCAUAGUAUUUUAAAUUUACCUUAAUUUAUCUGGAUUCCCAAACUCUUCCUGUUAUUCCCCAGGAUAUGACUGACUAUGCCUGUUUAAUAAUACACAGGGAAGCAUGUGCUGUCGUAAAAAAAGGUGAGAAUGUUGAAUGAGCAAAGGGGAGAAAAGUUAUGUAUAUAUCACAUCAGCAUUGGAAGCAGCUGCUCCCCUUUCCAGGCAAGGCAGUUAAUUUGUAAGCUCCCCACCUUGCUCAAAGUGUAGUUGUGAAUUGAACAGUCUAAGCAGCAACCAUGCAGCACUGCUGCUGGAGGAUAAUGAUUUUUCGUAGCUGUUCAGCUCCUUGGCUUGUCCUGAGAGCACUGUACAGGAUGAAGAGCCAAGCUCUGGCAUUCUGAACCUGAAGCCUCACGUUGUUGAAGCAGCACUUAUUGCAAGAUGUUGCCUUUGCUUCUCCUGGAGCCCAGAGCGCCCUGAUGGGAGAGCUGAACAGCUUCUCUGGAAGGCAGUGCUGCAGCCAGGCCCACUCCCCCCACAGGCUGUUGUCCCUCAGGGGGGUGUGAGGCCCCAGGCCAUCAGAGAAGCAGUGAGGUCCCUUCGCUGCCAGCUCCAGAGGUGGGGAUGGGGUCGGAAAUGUCAACCUGAUAGAGCUUACAGCAUAAACCACCCUUGUUUGGGCAGCUGCACUCUUGCAUUACUCUCCAGUGCCAAAAUUUCUGCUUCCACCCACACUGCAGUGUAGCUGCUCAGCCUUUUCAACAUCUUGGGACAUGCUGUGGAGCCUGUAUGGGGUGAGAUGCUGGCAGUGCUUUUACUUGCUUUUUAUAGUGGACACCUGUUAUCUUACCCUCCUUAAGAAGCCUUUUGCUUCUGGAGCUUCAAUUCUUAAAUGCAGAAGUGUUAGUGUGUUGUUAUUGUCAUAUAAUUGUACAGUUGUCAGAUAAUUUACCGUUCCAAACAUGGUCCUACCUCCAACCUUUCAGGACACUUCCCACACUGCUGCUGCUACUGUUUGGGGGAACAGAAAUUGAGGUUGGGAAGCUUUUUGAAGUUUUUAGAUUGGUCAAUUCAUCCAGAGCUCUGCUUGAGUUGUUUUCUUAUGUGCACAGUGAAGUAAGUAUUGAGAUAAGGCUUCCUAGCAGGGAACAUGGGCCAGGGAAGUGUACUAUAGAAAGAGCUCCUUUUCAAUAACCAGUACUUUGAUAUCAUCACUGGAAAUCACUGUCUGCUAAUGACAGAUGAUGGGGUUUUGUGCCUAGAGACAUUGUAAACAACUGUUAGCUACAGCACAAAUAACUUCUUCUAAGCAGUGCUUCCUUAUUACUUCUAAAAUACUGAAAUUGCUAUCAGACAGAGCAUUAUGUCUAUUUUAAGUAGGUCUGAGAUUCAGGGAAACAAUGUGUGCAAGAAUAGUUUUAACAAGUAAUUGCAGACAUUGUCAAAACUGCAUGUGUUGAAGCCUCGGUGCCUCCACUGGUAAAAUCACCUGGAGUGCAAAACAUGACCUGAGUAAUUCAGCUCAUUUGCUUCUGACAGGCAAAAAGCCCUUUCCUUUCAAUGCAUCUACUUUGGAUGUAAACACAGUUAAUGAGCUUGUAACAACUUCAUAGUAAGGCUGUUCAUUCCUUUGAUAUUUAUUUUCUACAUUUAAAGGAAGACACUAAAAAAAAAGUGUUCUUAAUCAGAAAUUGGUUGAUCCUUUGUAUGAUCUUCAAAUGCAGUCCCUGCUUUCCUGCUGUAUGCUGUGAAAACUCGUGCAUUUAAAUGACAACAGCCACAUCGAUUAUGUUGUGGACUCCUCCCCCUGAGCUGGAAUAAUGCCAGGACAAUCUAAAUUCAUAAGAGUGAAUUCCUGCCUCAGCUUAUACAAAUUCAGCUUGGUGUGCACUCAUUUUAUGAAAUGUCUACUACAAAAACUAUUCUUCCCCCUUGCAUCCUUGUGGAAGCAAUUUGAAAUAAUUGUGUACACACUAGAUGUGGGACACUGUUAUUUAACCUAUGAUAUUUUAAAAUAGUUGGGUUAUUUACAUAUGCAAAGAAACAUCAGCAUGUGAGUAACUAAACUAGCAAUUAAAUUGCUAGGCGUGUUACUCAGAAGAAUUGUAAGAUAUAAAUAAUUAUUUCAGAUGAAAUAAAAGUUUUUGCCUACAA